AGUUGGAGCUGCAGGAGAGAGACAGAGAGAUUCUCUGUGUUUACAGCCAGCGCAGGCUACGGCAAGCAUCUAACCUGGCCCCCCCUUUCUCCAGCACUUGAAGGGGAGAGUGCGAGGUUAUUUGGGAAUCUGGCCACCGUAGGUCAGCUUUUGCUGCGACUGGAUUGUCAGAGCUGGUAAAGCAGAGCCCAGGGGGACUGAAGGGAGACACAAAUCCCAUUUUCUUUGAGAGGAGAGAAGGGGGGAAAAAAAAAAAAAGAUAAAUUGAGAGAGAGAGAGAAGCGAAGAGACGGAGAAAAAGGCAGAGGAAGCGGAGCGAGUGAGAGAGAAGCAUGAGGACCUACUGGCUGCACAGUAUCUGGGUGCUGGGAUUCUUCCUGUCCCUCUUCUCCUUGCAAGGGCUGCCAGUCCGCAGCGUGGAUUUUACCCGAGGUACCGAUAACAUCACCGUGAGGCAGGGGGACACAGCCAUCCUCAGGUGUUAUGUAGAAGACAGAAGCUCCAAGGUGGCCUGGUUAAACCGUUCCGGCAUCAUUUUUGCUGGAGAAGACAAGUGGUCCCUGGACCCUCGAGUAGAGCUGGAGAAGAGAAACCCCCUGGAGUACAGCCUGCGGAUCCAGAAAGUGGAUGUCUACGAUGAGGGGUCCUAUACGUGUUCAGUGCAGACACAGCAUCACCCCAAGACUUCCCAGGUUUACUUGAUUGUGCAAGUUCCACCAAAGAUCUCCAAUAUCUCCUCGGACAUCACCGUGAACGAGGGCAGCAACGUGACCCUGGUUUGCAUGGCAAAUGGGCGUCCUGAGCCUGUCAUCACCUGGAGACACCUCACCCCAACAGGAAAGGAGUUUGAAGGCGAGGAAGAGUAUCUGGAGAUCCUAGGGAUCACGCGAGAGCAAUCGGGCAAGUACGAAUGCAAAGCUGCCAACGAGGUUGCUUCAGCAGACGUCAAGCAAGUCCGGGUCACUGUGAACUACCCUCCCACCAUCACAGAGUCCAAGAGCAAUGAAGCGGCCACGGGACGACAAGCCUUACUCCGGUGCGAGGCGUCAGCGGUCCCCACGCCUGAUUUCGAGUGGUACAGAGAUGAUACCAGGAUAAACAGUGCUAACGGUCUGGAGAUAAAGAGCACGGGAAGCCAGUCUCUGCUGAUGGUGGCCAACGUCACUGAGGAACACUAUGGGAACUACACCUGCGUGGCUGCCAACAAGCUGGGAGUCACAAAUGCCAGCCUAUACCUUUACAGACCCGGCACAGGGAGAGUAGACAACGGCUCCAUGAGUUUGGCCGUCCCACUGUGGCUGCUGGCAGCGUCCCUGCUCUGCCUACUCAGCAAAUGUUAAUACAAAUCAGAAUUAAAAAUAAUAAUAAUAAUAAUAAUAAUAAUUAAAAAAAAAACCCAACACGACAACAACAACAACAACACACAAAACAAAAUGCGUUAUACAGGAGACAGAGCGAAGAGAGGGGAGAGAGAAAAAAGAGAGGGGGGGAGAGAGAGAGGACUGUUUCUUUCACAACUUUUGUGUGUUCAGGAGUGAAGAGGGGGGAGAGGAAAAAUUACAGCAAAGAAGACUCAGCAACAUUUAAUCCGAAACCUGACAAGCCGGCUGUCAAGUCACCGACCGUCUAGGAGGCAAAACGAAGUGAGGGAGAGAAUGGGGCACCAGCAAGGACUGUGUCGCCAGAGGAUGCUGCAAUGUAAACAAUCCAACAAAACCCACAAAGCCAAUCGAACAGGAGAUCCCUUUUCUUUUCUCUCCUCCUUCCUCUUUCCCAUACUCCCUCACCUUCCUUCCUUCCUCCCUCCUCUUUCUUUCUUUUGCAGAAAGAGGUCUUUGCUUCGGUGUCUAUAGCCACUUUACUUUUUGGAUGCCCUGGGUCAUUUUUGUGAGCCGAUGCUCAGCCAGUUCAUAUUUUUGAAAACAA